GGGUGACGAUCGAAGGGGCGUCGGGAAGAAAGUGGGAGGAGAAGCGUCCGCCAAGCCGGUGAGCGAGGCGAAGAUGAAUGAAAAGGGCACGAAAAGGGUUGAAGGCGAGCGACGCGUCCGCCCUCCUCCGCCACCGCGCCGUGCGCACGCGCUAACUUGCCGUCGAGGCUCUUGUCAGACCCUUUUGCGGUGGUUCGCUUGCAACGCAUCCGUUUUGGGGUUUUUGUUUUUGUUGUUUUUUGCCGUCUUGCGUUUCUGUACUUUGCUGCCGUUUUUUUCAGGCUGUUAAAAGUGGCGCGCACGUUGCGGUGAUUGGCGGCGGCCGCGUAUAAAGAGCGCCCCCGCACCACAGCAACGACCUCAACGAGCCGCAGCUGCGAGCGCCGCCGACUCGCCGUCAUGAUGGAGAUGGAAAUGGAGGCGUGCCUGUCUCGUGGAGACUCGUCUCGAUUGGCUCGCGUGCUUCGUGACGAAGGCGUGAGCGGGAGCACGCUCGCCCAACUGGGCCAGCUGGUCCGCAAGCAGCUGAGCUUGGCCGACUUCGGACGAGUGGACGUGGUCUUGAAGUCUUUGGAGAUUCUGGCGGAGGACAGAGACCUCAACGAGACCCUGGUCGGUCUCGGAAUCGCACACCAAGUGGUGUCUUGGUUCCAAACGUUGCGCCAACUCUUGACCUCCCGAGCCCCGAGGAGCUCGGCUCAGCUGCGGCCCAUCGAAAGCUUCUACGACUUCCUUCUGGUGCUGAGCCGCUCGCAUCUCCCAGCCUUAGAGCUGUCUUUGACCCUUUUGGAACUUCUGCUCACGCUCCUGGAAUCGCAACUGCACUUCGGUGUCAGACUCGAGGCGGUGAGAACGUUCAACAGCAUCCUGGAUUGCCUGAGCCGAGAUCAGAGGAGGCGCGUCCAAUCGGAGCGGAUGCUCCUGCAGACCAUGCCGGAGGUGGCGGCGACCAUUCAGACGGUCGGAGACUACGAGCUGCAGGUCAGCCUGUCGGAGGCUUUGUGUCGUCUGACUCCCAGGAAGGAGCGAGCCCAGCAAGCCAGUCGGUGGUUCUCCUGCUCCGACGUCGCCGACGCCUUCUCUCGCAUCAAAGACACGGACUUUGAGGUGGAUUGUCGACGUUUCCUCAACUUCCUGAACAAUCGUCAAGGUGACGUGAGAAGGGUCUGGACCUUCCCGUGCAUCAGAGCCUUCUUGGAGACCACAGAGCUCUUCCGCCCCUCGGAUGACAAACUGGACGAGUUCUGGGUCGACUUCAACUUUGGAUCGCGAUGCAUCAGCUUUUUCAUUGACCUUCCUCAGGGCUUCCUGUGGGGUUCCGUGCACCUGCUCAAGGAAGAGGUGGAGCGCUUCCAGCUCGAGGUCCAGCCGGACGCCUUUUCUUUCCCAGAAGGCGGCGCGGCUCGGGCGGUGCUCGGCGUCCACCUGAGCGUUCCCAUCACGCACCUGAGUCGCAAAGGCCGCCGAGUCAGGCUGCUCUUCCGGCCGGAGCUGCUCGGAGAGCUAGAGGCGGCGGCCGCGAGGGUCUUCGGGGGAGACGACGACGCCGCGUCAUUGCCGUCGCAGGAGCCGGAGAAAGACUCGGCCGGCGGAGUCCGCGCCUCCCCCUCCGCCGCGAGGCCACUCGGUAGAACCUACAGGAAGAAGCCACGCGCUCAGCUGAAAGGUAAGUCCUUUCAAAAUCAACCUCCUCUGCGAUGGCCACCGAUCGGCAUCCCACCCAGUGCGUUUUGCGCAGUUCUUCCGCUCUCGUCCCCGAGCGGCGAUGACGAGGCCUCGCUUCCCAAGACUUGUCGAAGCACAGCGGCGAUGGCCUUUGAUCAAGUCGUCCACUCGACGCCGUCAAAAGCAUCCGAAGAAUUGCGCUUUCCGGCUGUUGGCGCGGGGCCGCGGCUUCGAGUCCUUCAGGAAGAAAAUGUGGACAUCUCUCCGAUGGAAGCGUCCCGCUUGAAUCAGAAGCGAGCGGCUCCGUAUUCAGGUGACCUGUCUGACGAAUAUGAUGCGAUGGAGAAGCCUGUAGGCGUUCAACCGGCGGGGUCUCAACCUGGCAGGCGUGAGCCUCAGGGGGUGGAACCUGCAGGGGCAUUACCCAAGGAGCCAUCUGAGGAGGCGGUGGAGCCACAUGACAUUGAAAAGCCAUCCUUGAAAGGGGAGGAAGCUGUCAACCCGCUGGGGGCGGAGCAACGGAUUGACGCGACCGCUAGCAUCCAAAACGCUUUUGACGUCUUCAAAAGAAACCUCGAACAGCAUUACAAGGACUGCUGGCUGAAAGUCCAAGCACAAAUUCACUCGUCGCCCAAAGAAUAUCAGCAGCACAUCAUCUCGCUCUUCGAUGACAUCGGCCAACACCGGGUAGUUCUGCUCCACAACUUUGAGAAGUCUCUAUCGGCUCAUCUGAAGUGUUUGGAGGAAACCUCGACAUAUGUCAACAUGUACUCACAGAUUCAGGGUUUCUUCCAGUCGGAGAGACGCCGACUGGCUGACUUUUGUGAGCAUCACCAGCUCAGGUUGAGAUCAUCGGACGGUGCGAGAGCCGAGCCUGCAUCCGGCCAGUGAGGAUCUGCGGAUGCCAUCGAUCGCUUUGGGAUGGUUAACUUGAUUUGAAUCUGUCUCGUUUUGUCAAUAAAAGUAUGUCAGCGGUU